CCGGGCCCCGGACUCCGGGGUCGUCGCGGGGAGAGCUUUGGUGCAGCCCUUGCCGUCCAUCCGCUCCUCCGGCGGGGGCUCACCCAUCACCGCCUGCUGACGAGGUGAGGCCUCUACAUCACGAGCCCUUCUUCGGUGGCGGCUGAGAUGUCUUCCACGCAGGCUCUCAUUCCCAUCUUCUCUCUCCCAACGGCGACCACCUCAUUCUGAGACCUCACUGAGCGCCGCACGGCGGGUCUGAGACCUGGGGAACUCGGAAUCAUCGCCGCCUCGCCGUCGCCACCACCACCACCUCCUCCUCCACACGCGAUCAUGUCGCGGCUGCUGCUGCUUUGCGUCCUUUCCGCGUUGCUCGCUUCGUCUCUGCAGGAGGGCCUCAAUGGACGGGCAGGGGACUCCCCCACGUGCAAGCCAGCGGAGCUGCAGAGCGUCCACGUGGUGUCCAUCGUGACGUCGCGGUUCGCACGCACGCGCGUCAUAAGCCGCGCGCACAACGACGGGGACCGCGCGCGCCACAGCCUCUUCCACGUGCUCGUGCCCAAGGGAGCGUUUAUCUCCAACUUCAGCAUGACGGUGGACGGGAAGACUUACCUGGGCAGCGUCAAGGACAGACUGCAGGCAAAGCUGCAGUACCAGCGGGCGCGACAGUCCCACCUGCCACCUGUUCUGCUCCGGAGCCCCGGGCGCGACGUGGAGCGCUUUAUGGUGGGCGUGAGCCUCGCUCCGGGCAGCACCGUGCAGUUCGAGCUGUGCUACGAUGAACUCCUGCGCCGUCAGCUGGGCCGCUACGAGCACACUCUGAGCCUGCGCACGGCACAGCGCGUGCAGACUAUGCAGGUGGAUGUCUACGUCAUGGAGCCCAAGGGCAUCAGCUUCAUCCACGUGCCGCCCAUCCCCGGCAUUCCCAGCAACAUCAUCAACAUCACACACAGCAACAACAAGGCCCACAUCCGCCUGCGGCCAUGCCCCCCGGCUGCCGUGGAGGGGGGGCCAUGUCCGGGCUGCAGCAGCGCCGUGCUGGAGGGCAGCAUGGCGGUGCGCUACGACGUGAAGCGAGAGCUCAGCGCCGGGGACGUGCAGAUCUCCAAUGGCUACUUUGCUCACUUCAUUGCUCCGGCGAACAUCCCUCCCACGCCAAAGAAUAUCGUCUUCAUCAUCGACGUCAGCGGAUCCAUGUGGGGCCUCAAGAUGAAGCAGACCCAGCAGGCGCUGAGCACCAUCCUGAGUGAGCUGCGUCCGGAUGACCACUUCAGCAUCAUCCGCUUCGACCACCGCGUGGAGGCGUGGACCGACGAGCUCAUGCAGGCCUCGGCCUGCAACGUGGAUGACGCCAAGAAAUAUGUGCAGGGGCUGCAAGCCGAAGGGGGCACGAACAUUAACGAGGCGGUGCUGCGAGCCGUUGAGAUGCUCUGCUCCGCCAAGCUGCAAGGAAGCCUCCCCGAGCGCUCCACCUCCAUCCUGGUGUUGCUCACCGAUGGUGACCCCACAGUCGGUGUGAUUGACCUGGCCGAGAUCUCGGCCAACGUGAAGGCGGCCAUGGCCGGCAACUUCUCUCUGUUCGCCCUCGGCUUCGGCUUCGACGUCGACUACGACUUCCUGGAGCGCCUCGCGCUCGAGAACCGCGGCAUCGCACGCCGCAUCCUCGCCGACAACAAGGCCGACGCACAGCUCAAGGGCUUCUACGACGAGGUGGCGACGCCGCUCCUGUCGCACGUGGCAGUGCAUUAUGCGGGCGCGCCCGUCUCCGCGCUCACGCAGACCUCCUUCGACAACUACUUCCACGGCGCAGAGCUCGUGGUCGCUGGCAAGACGGCGGCGCAUGCCACGGGGGGGCCGAAGCUGAGCGCCCACGUCACCGCCGAGUCGGUGGAUAGCGACCUCACGCUCGAUGUGGUGGCCGACGCGGGUGACACGGAGAGAUUCCUGAGCGAGCAUCGCUUCACCGACCCGACCUUCGCCGAGCGACUCUGGGCGUUCCUCACCAUCAACCAGCUGCUGCUGCAGAGGACGAUCUCGCUGUCCGCCCAGGAGAAGAGUCGGCUGUCCCAGCGUGCGCUCGACCUCUCUCUGCGCUAUGGCUUCGUGACCCCGCUCACCGCCAUGGUGCUCACCGUGCCUAACGCCCCGAAGCAAAACCUCGUGGGCGGGCACGCUGGGGAGCGCAAGUGCUGCGUCGGACGAGUCCCCCCUGGACAGACGCCCCAACCCUACCAGCCCGAGCCCGACCCUCCAUGUUCACCACCCAAGCAGUGCCCUCCGCUCGUCAAGACCCCACCCACCGUCCUCCCCGUGGGAAUCACCCCGCGCCCCCCCCACGUGGUCGACAAUGAUCCCCACUUCAUCAUCGCGCUGCCCAAGUGGAAGGUGACUGUCUGCUUCAAUGUGGACGAGGAGCCGGGGAAGAUCAUCAACCUCGUGUCCGACCCAGAGCGAGGUGUGGUGGUGAACGCCGAGCUCGUGGGGGCCAAGAGGCCCGAGGUCGGCGCCACGAGGCUCGCCACCUACCUGGGCCGCGUCGCCGUGGCGAUGGACCGCGCCGACGUGACGCUCAACGUCGGCACGGACGACGUUGUCGUCGCCGUCGGCAACAGGGCCAACAACGGCAGCGGCGUGCGGGAGACUACCCUGCCCUGGGCCACGGGGGCCACCAUCACCCAUGGCAGCGUCCGCGUGCACGUGGAGGCAGGCCGCAGGCUCACGGUGUUGCUGGACGAGCGCCCCACCUUCGUCGUUGUCCUCCACCGCGUGUGGAAAGGCCACCAGGUGCACCGAGACUUCCUGGGCUUCUACACCGUGGACCAGAGCCUCCUGUCAGCUAGCACGCACGGCCUCAUCGGUCAGUUCUUCGCCGAGCCCGAGGUCGCGGUGUUCAACACCCAGCCCGGAGAAGAGCCGGGGAAGCCGACAGCCACCAUGCUGGUGAAGGGUCACAAGCUGAAGGUCACACGGGGGGUACAGAAGAACCACCUGGAGGACGCGGCCCAGGGGGACGAGGUCCCCUGCUGGUUCGUGCACAACAAUGGCCACGGACUCAUCGACGGGCGCCUCUCCGACUACCUCCUCCCCGAGCUGUUCAGCCGCCCGUGAGAGAGAGGAGGAGGGAGGAGGAGGAGUGGGGGGGG